UGCUUUUCUGAGAAAUAGAUGCUCUUGGGCUCAGUAUAAGGAUACAGUUGAUGGUCUGUGACCUAUGGAUCCGACUUGGUGAAUGAGAGUCCUCUGGCUGGAGUCAUGGUAAAGCUAAAUUUCCAGGGCAGUGCCUGGAAUGUUGUAACUUGCUGGGAAAAUAUAUUAUUGUAUCACUGGCCAUUAUGAGGUAGCUGGGGGCAGACAUGCGAGCUGCAUCCCCCCCAAGAAGACAGCCCUGGCGAUGGUGACCAGCCUGUAAAAGAGGAACGGGAAAACACGGCCAGAGAGCUGCUCUGGGGCACCGUCAGCUCUGUGAACAAUGUUUGACCCCAGCGUUUUGGAUGUCCCAGCAGUAAUCUUUGACAACGGGUCUGGGUUAUGCAAGGCAGGUAUCGCAGGUGACAGUGGCCCAAGGUCUGUUAUCACGGCAAUUGUUGGUCGCUCAAAAGCCAAAUCUACAAUGCUUGGAGCUGGGAUGAAAGAAUACUAUGUUGGAGAAGAAGCUCAGUCCAAAAGGGGGAUCCUGUCUUUGAAUUAUCCAAUUGACCAUGGCAUAGUUACCUCCUGGGAUGACAUGGAAAGGAUCUGGAGACACGUCUAUGAGUACGAGCUGAGAAUCAAAGCCACUGAAAGGCCAGUGCUGUUGACAGAAGCUCCCCUGAAUCCUCUUCAGAACCGGGAGAAAAUGACGGAGAUCAUGUUUGAAGGCUUCAUGGUGCCCGCUAUGUACGUGGCAGUCCAGGCAGCUCUGGCACUCUACGCCUCAGCCCGCACCACCGGGAUCGUCAUGGACAGCGGGGACGGUGUCACCCACACGGUCCCCAUUUACGAAGGGUACUGUCUGCCCCAUGCUGUCUCCAGGCUGGAUAUUGCUGGCCGGGACAUCACCGAAUAUUUCAUGAGGCUUCUUCUGGAGAGCGGGCACUCUUUUGUUAGCACAGCUGAAAGGGAAAUCGUGAGAGAUAUCAAAGAGAAGCUGUGCUACGUAGCUUUAGACCCCAUCCAUGAAACGAAAGCAAAGCCCGAAGAAAUCAUGAAAGAAUACAGGUUACCUGACAGCAAUGUCAUUCAGAUAGGCAGCCAGCUCUUCCGUGCUCCAGAGGUCCUCUUUGUGCCUGCAAACAUCGGCAUUGAAGCACCCGGCGUGCACAAAAUGAUCUUCAACAGCAUCAUGAAGUGUGACAUUGACGUGCGCAGGAAUCUCUACGCCAACGUCCUGCUCUCGGGUGGCUCCACGCUCUUCCCCGGCCUGGAGGAGCGGAUCCUGAGGGAGAUGCACCUCCAAGUGCCGGCAGGCAUGUUUGUGAGGAUCGUUGCUCCCCCCGAGAGAAAAUACAGCGUGUGGAUUGGGGCCUCCGUCCUCACCUGCCUGACAUCUUUCAAGCAAAUGUGGGUCACCGUGAGCGACUACAAGGACUUUGGGGCAGCCGUCGUCCAUCGGAAAUGCUUCUAAGGAGACGGUCAGACCAAGCGAAUGCCUUGCUGCAACAAAGCAUGAGCAAGAAACCCUGGCGAGAGCUGGCUGAACCAAAAGGUGCCACAGCAGUUCGUGUCUUUACUGGCUGACAAAACCUUUAUGGAGAUAAAACAUUAAAAGAAUUGGUAACCAG